AGCAGUAACAGCGACCAUUUAGCCAGGGAUUAUGGCUCAGUCUGGGAAGCAACCGCAGGGCCGUGAAGCUUUACUAAAAUCAUACAACAAGAGACUGAAGGAUGACGUUAAAUCAAUUUUGGAUAAUUUCACAGAAAUAGUGAAGCUUGGGUUGGUUGAAGAUGAGAACCAAGUUACAAGGAUGACACAAGUGGAAGAAAUUAACUUCCAGAUGCAAGUGAGAUCUGCAAAUAUUGUCAGGGCAGCAGAGUCACUAAUGAAGUUAGUCGCUGACGUCAAACAAUAUUUGAUACUGAACGACUUCCCGUCUGUGAAUGAAGCCAUCACUAGCAAUUCUCAGCUCUUCAAAGCCAAGAGCCAGGAGGCUGACCAGAAACUCAUGGCGCUACGAGAUGACAUGGCUUUCGAUCUCUACGAACUGGAGGAAGAGUUCUAUGGGUCAAUUUAUAAAGAGAAGUAAACAAAUGUUCGUGGUAAAUGUUCUCAAAUAAAAGGAAACUUUUGUA